AACAUGGCGGAUCUCGGAGUGCUCAGGCGGGAUCGGAAAUUAGUGAAGCCCGCAUGAAAUCAAAUGCAAACGGUUUAUGGAGCGAGUAUAUGCGUGUUGUUAACUAUGCACAAAGUUGCACACCUUAUAAAACGGCAUUUUCUGAAUUAGAGCUAUGCAGCCUUACAGCAACCACGUUCAAGAUUGGCACGAGUCCACGUCUCUUGAUGAACGAGUGAUUCGCACGCACGGGGGUUGCUGCUCCGUGGAUGACUGCUGUCUCUGUGAAACAUGGACUAAAUACAGCUUAUUUGGAAUUAAUUUUUUAGUUUUCAGGUUACCGUACUUUACUCAGCUGGCUGGUGGAGCAUUCAUUGGUAUAGGGAGCUGGGCAAGGAUAGAGAAACAAGGGUUUGCCAGUCUGGAUAGUGUGAUAACAGAUCCUGCUUUCCUUGUCCUUGCUGUGGGGUGUGCUAUGUUUGUCAUCAGCUUCUUUGGCUGCUUAGGUGCACUGAGGGAAAAUAUCUGUCUGCUACAGACAUUUUGUGCCAUAUUGGUGCUAGUAUUCCUGGCUGAGUUGGCUUCUGGUGUUAUAGCAUUUGUCUUUCUGGACCACAUCACAGCAGGCCUCACCAAGUACACCAGGCAGGCCAUAGUUAACUAUCAGGAUGACCUCGACUUACAAAAUGCUAUAGACUACAUACAGUCUGAGUACAAGUGCUGUGGGGGCAGUGGCUACAAUGACUGGGAUGUCAACAUAUAUUUCAAUUGCUCCUCCGCUGCUGUGUCUCACUGUGGUGUUCCCAUGUCCUGCUGCAAGCAGCAAACUCUGCCACAGUCACUUCUCAAAAAUAUACAGUGUGGCUAUGGUUCAAGGAGCCUGGGGGAACAAUCUGCUGAUAAUGUGAUUCACACAAAUGGUUGUAUUGGUGCUCUUUUACAAUUAUUCAGGGAUCAGUUAUUUAUUAUAGGUUUGAUUGCAUUUUCUGUUGGAUUUCUGGAGCUUUUUGCCAUUCUGCUAGCUUGCAACAUGAUCAAGAUUGUGACUAAAGCCAGAUUGUCAUAUGCAGAACAUAGAAGACAAUAUUAUGGGCAGGACCAUGCCAGUGUCCAUGAAGAAGGUGUUAACAAUGUUGCCCUAUGAAGCAUGUUUGACAAGACCUAUUACUGCGUCACACCAAUAGCAUUCAAGAAGACAGAGACUUUGCUGCAAUCAAAUAUCAAGUUUUAAAGAAAUUGCUUGACAAUCGACCCAAUAAUUUAGGGCUUUCUUUUAUUCUUUUACAGCUGAUGUAUUUAAUACUACCCUAACCUGAUUUUAUAUAUGUUUAUAUGCACAUUAUUCAUAUUUCUGAAAUUCAGGAUGGCUUUCUUUUAUCUAUCCACAAUUUAUAUACAUAUAUAAAUAUAGUUAUAUAUAUUUAAAGAUAUAUUUUUGUUUAAGUUAUGGGUUAAAGAAUUAUAAUUAUUUUUGAAUAAAAUAUUUAUUGUUUUAGUUCUUGGGCAUACACAUUUCAGAUACUUUUGACAGUUUAAUAUAUGAACUCUAUAAUUAUUUUGAAAAUAUGAGAGUGAAAUGGCUUAUGAAUUUUACUUUAGAUACAAUUUGUGAAGGAUGCAGGGGAUAAGUGAUGCAUUUGGGACCAUUGCUUUUAACCCAUGGUAUCUUGAUACACUGUAAAUGACUCUUAACAAAAUUUGAGUUUAGAAAAGAAAUAAAAAAACUAGAUUAGACUUUUCAAAAGCAUACCAUCCAGAAGGGAGUAGCAUUCAUUAAGAUAAAGCAGAAGUGCCAGGCUGAGAAUUGAAAUGCAAUGCUCGUUUUCUUUUAGAAUGUAAUAUUGGAUCUAGGGGAGACUCAAUAGGCCACCACUCUACCCCCUGCCCUUUGGACUAAAGGGACCCCAUCCUCCUCCCCCCCCCUCAAAAAAAAGAUUAUUAAAGCACAAUGAAACAGAACUGAAUAUUUUCUCAUCCCUGUCUGCUAUUUUAGACUUGCCUUGCUUUAUUCAACAGAAAAAAUUAUCAUCGUGCCCUCGAU